CUUUGAAUCAGUGAUAUGAUGCUUUUAUUUCUUUCAUUUGCCUUAUAAUGGUGUGCAGACAAGAAACAGAGGCAUCUCACAAUGUACGGAAUAGGUUUGAUGAAGCUGUGAAGACCCUAAAUUCUCUGCAGACAAGUGCAGCAUUACUUCAGGAGUACAGAAAGAAAGGUUCACGAACUCAUUCUGAACAGAGACAGAACAUUGAAGACACGAAAAAGUAUUUAAUAAGGUCUGGUGUGACUUUGGAACAGCUAGAUACGCUUAGAGCAAUCCAUGUCGCUGGUACAAAGGGGAAGGGGUCUGUUUGUGCCUUUUGUGAUUCGCUUCUCAGGCAGUAUGGACUUAAAACUGGCUUCUUCUCAUCGCCUCAUCUGGUGGCGGUGCGGGAGAGGAUUAGAAUUAAUGGAAAGCCCCUCAGUCAAGAGGACUUUACACAGCACUUCUGGAAUGUCUAUAAUAAACUGCAUCUCCAGAAGGAAAGUGAUACUGAUAUGCCACCCUACUUCAAAUUCCUGACAAUAAUGGCAUUUAAUGUGUUCCUACAUGAAAAGGUGGAUGUAGCAAUUGUUGAAGUCGGUAUAGGUGGUGAAUAUGAUUGUACUAAUGUUUUAAGGAAGGUCGAAGCAGUAGGUAUUACUUCUCUUGGUCUUGAUCAUACAAGCCUGUUGGGAGAUACUCUAGAGAAGAUUGCUUGGCAAAAGGCAGGAAUUAUGAAAGAAGGUGCGGUUGCUGUGACAGUGCCUGGGCAACCACAGGAAACCAUAAGGGUGUUGCAGGCCCGGGCAGAGGAGAAGCGAUGUCCACUGUUCGAAGCACCUCCACUGGAAGCAUAUAAUUGGCCAUGUGGUAGGGUGCCAGACCUGAGUGUGGAUGUGCAAAAGCUUAAUGCCUCCCUUGCCUUGCAGCUGACAGCAAUCUGUCUGGGAAUGGUUACCAAACCACCAGCCACAGCCAUCCUACAGUCAACAAUGCUACCAGUCGCUCCAACUUUUGCCAUCUCCUGCAGCACCGAGCGGGGUCUAACGCAGUGUCAGUGGCCGGGCAGGAUGCAGGUGCUGAGAGUGCCCCCCAUCACCUUCUUCCUGGACGGAGCCCACACAGCUGAAAGCAUGAAUCUCUGCUCCCAGUGGUUCCGAAAUGUUUCACCCAAGGAGCCAGAUUAUGAUACAUCAAAACGGGUUCUAAUUUUCAAUGCAACUGGUGAUAGAGAUGCAAUGCAACUGUUGGCACCGUUAACAGAGUGCCACUUUGAUUUGUGUGUCUUCUGCCCCAAUCUUGUCUGCAAAACAGUAGAUUCAUCAUCAGACCAAGCUAAUUUGAUGACUACACUGGCACAACAACUGGAGCGCUGCGAUCACAACUGCGAGGCAUGGCUCUCACUGUGCACGACAGGUGUGUGCCGGCUGGACUGCAUGGAAGACGCGCUGUCCCACGUGAGGACUCUGGGUCCGUGCCAUGUGCUGGUCACGGGAUCCCUGCACCUGGUAGGGGCCGCACUCAGCCUACUGGACCCAGAGGAGCAGCUGCUGCAGUCUCGACAGUGACGUAGCGGCAUCUGAGGAAGUAGGAGGCUGUAUGUGUAUACUCAGAAGAGGAUAAAGCUUUGUACAAUGCAAUGGAUCGUGAAGGCAUAUCUUGAUAUGGUUAUUUUCAAGAACUCGUAGUAUGGAAUACUACAAGUCAAGCUUCUUACAGAAAUGUUGUCUCUGAUAAGCACGUGUUGAUAACAUUUGCCUUGAUGCUGGAAAUAAAAACAUUCCAUUAGUGUUAUGUUUAAGUAGAUGAGGGCCUGUGAUAAAGGUUUCAGUGAAAUGAGAAGACAUUGUAAAUGCUUAUAAAAGUGAAAGUUAAUUUGAUUUGUGAGUUUGCAGUUUCAGUGUUUGUGUCCUUGUUCUUUAUGUACUUCAUGUUCUUGUGUUUAAACUAUUCAAAAUAAGUUAACCUUAAGUUCCAGCAUAUAAACUAUUUUAUCUUGUUACACGUUCUUGGAGAGGUGAAAAGUGUGCCAAAAAAGGAAUUCAGGUAAAAAGUUUAAUGUACAACUCAUUAUUUCUGGACUGAAGAAGUGUUUACAGAAAUGUCUCUAUGAGUAUGAAGUCCACUGACAAAAAAAAAGUGCUUCAGUUUUUGUGAUAUUAUUUUUGUUUUCCAAGUGAAAUGGGAAGGUGCAGGCACAACAUAUUUUGAGGGUAACUUUUUUCUCACAAUACUUUAUUAUGGUGGUGAUUAUAAUUUACAUUCAUCUUCUACCGUUAUUAUCUAGCCACUCUGUACCAUUCUCAUUGAGAUUUUAAGCUUACAUCCUGAAUUCACUAUUUACAUUAAAAUAAGGAUGUUCUCAAACGUUUGAUAUGCAUUACAUAACUUUUCUGCAAAAUAUUUUCGGGAAUUUUUCCAGAAAGCUGAAUCUAACUCAUUAUUGAGAAACUUGGGUUGCCUUUCAUCUUCAUUAUUUCACAUACUGUAACUACAUUAUGUCCAUUGUCCCCAUUUUAUCAGCAGUUAAAAUAAGGCUCAUUAUUACAAAAAUCCAAAUUCUGUGCAAGUCAUCAUAGAUUUUUCUGCUGUUUUUCUUUUUCAAAAUAUUUUUCCAUGUCCUGUAAUACACUAAAAAGCAAUAUAAGAGCUCUUAUUUCGUUGUCCAGUAUGUCACUUAUAUUAUUAAUACUAAACGAUGGCUCUCUGAUGCCUGACUUAUUUUUGGCUCCAGGUUAAGUGUUUAGAAUUCAAUUUUGGGAUUAUUGUUAGGCUGUCUUACAGACUUGUAUACCCUCAAGUUAAACCACUGAAAGGAGUCAGUAUUCAUACCAGAACAAAUAGAAUAAUUUGCUCAUGUUGUGGAGCCAUUUUCUCUUUUAACAGCAUUUGUUAAAGACUUUCAUGAUCCAUAAAACUAUCAUUUCUCCAGUGAACAUUUACAGCAUGGACAUUUACAUUGUAAACAUUUGGAAUAUAUAUCUAACUUUAGUAAACACGUUUCUUAAAAGAGAAUUUGCAGUAUCAGUCUGUAUAUUGUUGUGUCCUGCAGCACAAGAUUGAGACAGAAGUAAUGAAACAGACAGGUUUUACGUACUAAGAUUAAAAAUACUAAUUUUUUUCUUCCAAAACUCUUUUCUUAAAAUUUAUCUGUGGAGUAUAUUGUGUGUGUUACACACAGACUCCUAUAUUUAUUCUUUCUUUGUCACUACUUGUCUUUUAAAUGACUUCAUUGUACUCCAAAAUUUGAUUACAUUGUACUGUAAUCCGUUGUAAUUACUUUCACAUUUGAUUUGGUUUUCAAUAGACCUUCAGCACCGAGGGGGUGUAAAAUACUUAAGUCCUCUGGUACACCUUAGUGUUCACAGUCUCUGCUUUGUCAUUUGGUUGUGCUUUCUUCAAUAUUGUUGUGUAACACACUCCUUGGUAUAUCCUUUACUUAUUUUAUAAUAAUUUUAAUUAUUAAUCAUAACAGUGACUACUAUAAGCCUAAUAACCAGUUUCAAUUGGUAGCAGUCUUUUUCAGAUCAGUAAAAAAGGCAAAAAGUGCUAAUUAAAGGCUUUUUGUUAGUAAGCAAAAUCAUUUGCAUUAUGUAAGAGAGAAAACAAACCUAGCACCCAAUUGACUGCAGACUUGAAGAUACAUUCUGGAAACAAUGCAUUGGCUGUGUCUAACAGUAAGCCACUUCUCCACAAUGUACUUUCUUCAACAGUUGGUAAUCCAGCAGAGCUCUACUGUAUAGGAGCUUCUGUGAUGUAUGAAAAGUAGGAAAAUGGUUCUGGCAGAAUUGAAGCCAUGAGGGCAUGUCUUGAGUUGUGCCUGGUUAGCUCAGACAGGAAGAACAUUGUCUGCAAUGUUAUCCAUCUCUCUGAUACCUUCCUCUCAGCCGUCUUGUCUCAACGUCACAAACGGUAGCUCCCUUUCAUCCUGGGGUUUGAGUGAUUCU